GUGAGACUGAUAAGUGUGUAUGUGUGUGUGUGUGGAUGCCAUAAACAAUGGGUCUGUGUGUCCGUAUAAGUUGGCAAUGCAUAGAGGAACAUCUAAUGUUUUAGGAAGGGUGAGAAUGGAAAAGUCAGCCAAGUGAGAAGAAGACCAAAAGCACACUUUACCACAAACUCACAACACACACCCUGCGUGGAGUACAUGACAUACAUGAGAUAUGGUUCGUCUCAUGUCAGUGACCCUACUCUUCUCAGUAUGUGGUAUAGAGGCAAAUAUUCCUCAUCGAUAUCACUUUGUGAAUGAGAAUAAAACCUGGAGUGAAGCUCAGACUUACUGCAGAGAGAAAUACACUGAUCUCGCCACCAUCAACAACAUGGAAGAGAUGAAGAAGCUGAAUCACACACUGAAGAAGGAAACUGCAGAGCAAGCGUGGAUCGGUCUACAGAGAGAGGGCACUGGGGAAUGGCAGUGGUCUCUGGCAGACCAAACUUUCUACAGAGACGGAGACACUUACAGAAACUGGAAUAGUGGAGAACCAAACAAUUGCAAGAAAAAUGAGUUCUGUGUUUUCAUGUCAGAAAGCAAUGGUUUCUGGUUUGAUGAUCCGUGUAAUAGAGCAUUACCUUUUGUGUGUUAUGAAGAAAAGAACACAAACACUAAUAGACACAUAUUAAUUAAUGAGGGAAAGAGCUGGUAUGAUGCUCAGACCUACUGCAGAGAGAAAUACAUUGAUCUGGUCAGUGUGAGGAACCAAAAUGAGAAUGAGGAGAUCAGGAGAGUGAUUCAAAAUUCACCUAAUGAAACUGUUUGGAUUGGUCUGUUUAAUGACGCCUGGAAGUGGUCAGAUCAGAGUAAAUCCUCAUUCAGAUACUGGAGCUCUAACAAACCCAGUGGAGGUUUGAACUGUGCUGCAGUGUCUGUGUCUGAGCAACACUACUGGAGUGAUGUGGACUGCACAAAAACACUCCCAUUCAUCUGUCAUGAGAACAGACUGAUCCUGAUUAAGGAGAAUCUGACCUGGUGGGAAGCUCUGAAUUACUGCAGGAACCAUCAUUACGACCUGGUCUCAGUGCGCACUGAGGAGAUGCAGCUCUGGGUGAAGGAGGUGGUUCAAAACGCCUCCACUGAACACGUGUGGCUCGGCCUGCGUCACGACUGUGCCCAGCGUAUCUGGUUCUGGGUUUUUGGAUCAAUGCUCUGCUAUCAGGACUGGGCCCUGGGGUAUGGGACCUGGAAUGAAGACUGCAGCCACGAGAAGAGAAGCGGAGCAGUGCAGUCUGGAGUAGAGCAGCAGUGGAUCGACCUGCCUGAGAGCUACAAACUCAACUUCAUCUGCUCUACCUAUGACGACAUUUUUUUGAUUAAACAUGAAGACUGAAGACAAGCUGUGGUCCACCAUCUGUAUCCAGCAUCAGCAGAUCUACAGUACUGUCGUAUUUAUACUCUUCUAUACAUUAUUGCUAUAACGUAUCCUCUUUAUCCAGAUGACUCAUCAUAUUUUUAAUAUGGCAUUCAGUGAAUUCCACUGUCUCCAUACAGCAUGACCUUUUCAUAUUCCCAGUGUAUGUUACAUAUAUUAUACUUGCUUUUCUUAUUAAGAGAGGCUUUAUGGGCAAUUAAGGUGAAAUCUAUUUACUUGAUUUUUAUACUACAGUGUGUUUGGUAUGCACAUUGAAUUGUUUUUCAUAUGCUUUCUCAGAAUAGGGAAAAAUAUCAUACUGAGCUACUUUACACCAGUGCAGGAAGUUUAAACAAAUAGCCCUGCAAACAAUGAUAAAAUGUUCAUUAUUCAUAACAGUUAUACAGGUGUCAUGUGAUACAUUUUUAUUGUUUUGUUGUUUUUUUUUCUGUUCUCACACGUAUGCCUUUUUACGUGUGGAUAAAUAAGUUUGUUAUUAAGAUGUCCUUGCUUCUUAAUGUGUAAGAAUGUAGACUGUAAUGACUGUUGCCAGUUAAG